AUGCUUCAUCGUAAACUUACUUCUUCAAUCUAUCAAACACUGUUCAUAUUCUUUUCACUGAGCGUUGGUAUCGCUACUGUUAUGGGAACUCCUUUACCACCAGUAUCACGGUCUGCUCUUCAACUUGAGCGGAGGGACAAUUCUGGAGUUAUGACAUCACUGUCUCUUAAGAUAGGACGAAUCAUACCAAAUUCCGACCUAAGAACUUGGACCUGGGUUUCGCCUGCAAAUCCAGCGCUUCCCUUUGGUAAAGAAGCGCUAGCUCUAUUGGAUCCUCCGAAAUAUUCCAACCAACAGAGCGUCAAUUACAUGAGGCUAUCGACGUUAGGCGGAAAAGUUAAUUUCAAGUCCCCGAGUUUCGCAAAAUAUGGUUACCUUCCGGAGAAGUCAACGAUAUUCAAGCUUUUGGAGAACGUUGAUGAAAUCGCGAAGCAGACCGAGCUCUCUAUCACGGGAGAUAUUUCCUACCUCAGUGCUUCCUUGGCACUUUUGAAAAACAAAGGUUGUCUCGAGGACCCAGCCAAAACGCAGGAGGAUUGGGAUAAAUAUAAAGAGAAGGUCGAAAAGAAUAGACUAGAACAGCAUAAACAGCGUGAGAAGGAACAGCACGAGAAGGAACAGCAUAAGGAGGAGGAACAAGAAGCCAAAGCGGCGAGGCAAGGCAAUAUGGGAUUAAAUUUCAUACUGCAUCCUUAA